AUGUUGUCAAGAUCCAGUACGAUCUGCUUGAAAAGGGCAUUGUCGACAAUAUCUAAGUGUCAUAUUUCCAGUUUAAAAAGAUUAAACAAUUCGUUGGUGUUACCUUCUUCAGUUACUGACGUUAAUGGAUGGGUCAAGUCUGUGAGAGUUUUGAAAAAUAUUGCAUUCAUAGAUCUAAGCGAUGGUACGACUAUGAACUCUGUGAAAGUUGUCAUUCCUUUAAAAAACACUGAAACAGAUACCAUCGAUUCAGAAGUCUUAGAGCAUUUGAAGAAGUUUAAGACUGGCCAAAGUAUUACAAUUAAACAUGCAGACUUGGAACUGACGCCACAUAGAGAACAGAAAUAUGAAUUAAAGGUUAAUAAACCAAUAAGUGACUUAUCUAUAUUAGGGGACGUAUCAGAGAACUAUGCAUUACAAAAGAAAUACCAAAGUUUGCCAUACUUGAGGAGCAACCCAAUUUUAAAACAUAGAACUACGUACUUGGGAUCAUUAAUGAAGUUCAGAUCUCAAUUUGACUUUGCAUUGAACAAAUUCUUUAAUUUGGAGGACUAUACAAAAAUUGCUGCACCUGUUUUAACUGCCAAUGACUGUGAAGGUGCUGGUGAAUUAUUUAAAGUCGAAUCAAAGAAUUAUCUUGAUGAUGAGAACAAAAACGGAAUGUCAUAUUUUGGUAGUUCCACCUAUCUUACAGUUUCAGCUCAAUUACAUUUGGAAAUUUUAGCCUUAGCUUUAUCAAAAUGUUGGUCAGUCACACCUUGUUUCAGGGCAGAGGAAAGUGAUACAAAUAGACACCUAUCUGAAUUUUGGAUGUUGGAAGCGGAGAUGUGUUUUACUAAGAAUAUCACUGAUUUGACUACAUUUGUAAAAGCAAUGCUACAGUAUAGCGUUAAGGAAUGUUAUGAUAAUUUCAAUGAGUUGAUACCAAACAAUGCCCCUGAAGGUUGUCUCAGUAAGGAAAAAGUGAAAGAGAGAUGGGAUCUUCUCCUUAACGAUUCUUCCUGGAGUUCAAUUACUUAUACAGAGGCUAUUAAACUUCUGAAGAUUCAACAUUCAAAGAUACCAUUUCCCAAAUAUGUGCCCAGAUGGGGUGAAGCUUUACAAACAGAACAUGAAAAAUGGUUGGCUGAAACCUGUUUCAAAGGUCCUGUUUUUGUUACAGAUUAUCCAUCAGAAACAAAGUCUUUCUAUAUGAAAUUGAACAAGGAUGAGAAAACAGUCGCAUGUUUCGACUUACUAUUGCCAGAGAUUGGUGAAAUCGUCGGUGGCAGUCUAAGAGAAGAAAGUUUCGAAAAGCUAUCUGAUGCUAUCCAUAAAAGAGGAAUCAAUAAAAAUGGAGACUUGGAUUGGUACCUAGAAUUAAGAAAAGAAGGUACUGUCCCACAUGGUGGGUUUGGCUUGGGACUAGAAAGAAUUAUACUAUAUUUAUACGGAAAUUAUAAUAUUAGAGAUUCUAUCCCAUUCUACAGAGCAGCAAAAAGUAAGAUAUCUCUCUAG